UGUAAGGAAUAUAAAACUUAUGGUCGCAGGAUACAGGACAGUAAAGCACUACUGUUUCUCCAACAACAGCACAUCUGCUACAGAUACACAAAAACAAAGAGAAAUGAGGAAAGUCCUCUCAGUCAAGAUGUUACUAGUUUUAAAUCUAGUUCUACUGGUGGCCAGUGUGAGUGACGGAAGGAUUGUGAAAAAUGUGUUGCCGUCCAGUCAGUCUCAAGAGGACUCUGCAAUAGACAAAAUAAUUGAAGUUGACAGUGGUCAAUCUCAGAAAGAUUUAUCCGUUGCUGAUCCAAGUGCUAAUGACAGCAGUCAAUCAAGUGAAGACAAAACGAGUGCUGCUGAUGACACUGACAGUGGUCAAUCAAGUGAAGACAAAACGAGUGCUGCUGAUGACACUGACAGUGGUCAAUCUCAAAGUCAAUCUCAUAAAGUUUCAUCCAAGGACGGCAAAACAAGUGCUAAAGAUAACACCAGACGUCAUAUUCAUAAGCAUCCCUCCAGGAAACACAAAGCGAACGCCAAAAGUCAUACUAAUACAUGUCCAUUCAGUAAAGACAAAACAAGUUACCAUCACAGUGAUCAAUCUCAUAAGGACUCAUCAAGUCAAGAAAAAAUGAGAGCAGAAGAGAACCAUUUCAAAUGUAAUUGUCAUAAGGAAUUAUUCAUCUCAACGACAAACCCCACCACAACCUCAAGCCCCACCACAACCUCAAGCCCCACAACAACAUCAAGCCCCACCACAACGCAAAGCCCCACCACAACCUCAGGCUCCACCACAACAUCAAGCCCCACCACAACCUCAUCUCCCACCACCACAUCAAGCCCCACCACAACCUCAAGCCCCACCACCACAUCAAGCCCCACCACAACCUCAAGCCACACCACAACGCAAAGCCCCACCACCACAUCAAGCCCCACAACAACCUCAAGCCCGACCACCGCAGCAAGCCCCACCACAACAUCAAGCCCCACCACAACCUCAAGCCCCAUCACCACAUCAAGCCCCACCACCACGUCAAAUCCCACCACCACAUCAAGUCCCAUCACCACUACCACAAGUCCCACCACAAUUUCAAGUCACACAACCUCAAGCUCGGAGGAGGAUACUUCUGAAGAAUCAAAUGAAAUAAGCACCUCUACCCGUGACUCACCUUCUUGCUCAAACUCCAAGUCCAAGUCAAAGGAUCCAAAGUGUAGGAGCCACACCACAACCUCAAGCCCCAACAAAACAUCAAGCCUCACCAUCACAUCAAGACCCACUACAACGAUAAUCCCCACGCCCACAUCAAGCCCCACCACAACCUCAAGCCCCACCACAACAUCAAACCCCACCACAACCUCAAGCACCACCACAACGCAAAUCCCCACCACCACAUCAAGACCCACAACAACCUCAAGCCCCACCACAACAUCAAACCCCACCACAACCUCAAGCCCGACCACAACCUCAAGACCCACCACCACAUCAAGCCCCACCACCACAUCAAGCCCCACCACCACGUCAGGCCUUACCACGACCUCAAGCCUCACCACCACAUUAAGCCCCACCACAACACAAAGUCCCACCACAAUCUCAAGCCCUACCACCACGUCAAGCCCCACUACAACGAUCAGUCCCAUCACAACGAUAAGGCCCACCACAACCUCAAGUCCCACAACCACGUCAGGCCCCACCACUACAUCAGGCCCCACCACAACGAUAAUUCCCACCACCACGUCAAAUCCCACCACCACAUCAAGUCCCAUCACCACCACAAUUUCAAGUCACACAACCUUAAGCUCGGAAGAGGAUUCUUCUGAAGAUUCAAAAGAAAAAAGCAUACGGAGUUCAACCCAUGCUCUACAUUCUUGCUCAAACUCCAAGGAUCCAAAGUGUAGGAGCCCCACCACCACAUCAACUCCCACCACCACGUCAAGCCCCACCACAACCUCAAGCCCCACCACCACGUCAAGCCCCACCACAACCUCAAGCCCCAUCACAACAAUAAGCCCCACCACCACAUCAAGUCCCAUCACCACUACCACAAGUCCCACCACAAUGUCAAGUAACACAACUUCAAGCUCGGAGGAGGAUUCUUCUGAAGAUAUAAAAGAAAAAAGCAUACGGAGUUCAACCCAUGCUCCACGUUCCUGCUCAAACUCCAAGGAUCCAAAGUGUAGGAGCCCCACCACCACCUCAAGCCCCACAACAACCUCUAGUCCCACCACCACGUCAGGUCCAACCACGACCUCAAUCCCCACCACAACCUCACGCCCCACCACCACGAUAAGGCCCACCUUAGUAUCAAGCCCCACCACAACCUUAAGUCCCACCACCACAACCUCAAGUCCCACCACAACCUCAAGUCCCACCACCACAUCCUCCACCACAAACUCAAGUUCAACCACAACCUCAAGUCCACCACCACAUCUAGCCCCACAACAACCUCAAGCUCCCACACCACAACGCAAGGCCCGACCACAACCAUCAAGCACCAUCACCACGCAUCAGCUCUUCCCACAACUCUAA